AUGGCACAAGUGGUUUCUCCAAGCACAUCAUCAUGCAGUAGUGCGAUGAUAGCCGUAGCAGUGAUUGCAGCAUUUCCUAUAAUGUCCAUAAUAACUGCAUACAAAGAUGCAUUGUUGUCGAUUGUAAUCGCCUCUAAAUAUAGCAUUAGUACACAAAAACAAGAUAACAAUUGUGUAGAUGAUCACUUGACAUGUAUAAUAUGCCUUGCCGAUAAUUCUUUGGCUGAAUCCCGGCGAGUGCUUACCAUAUGUGGACAUGAAUUUCAUACUCAUUGCAUUGAUUCUUGGCUAAACAUCAAUUCGAUUUGCCCUCUCUGCAGAAUUCCAGUGCCUGCUAACAUUUCUAUGAGAUCAUGUACCAAAAAUCGCUUCGUUUCGUCGUUGAUAUCUGCUGUGGAUAACAUUUGGAAUUGGUUUCUUGAUCCGCUUAGCUCUGAGGUCAUUGCUUCCCUUACAAAUAUGGAAUGCCUGGGCUAA